CGAGUCUUCUGCCAAGACAAAAACGCAAUGCCGUGGAACUCAGCAGGACAUGCCUGUCCUAUCACUUGCAGUACCAUCAUCACGGCUAUAGACAGAUUAAAACAAGCAGACUACCAAUACCUAGUAAAACAUAGAAUAAAAAAGAAACUAAACAUAUCUGAAACAGAUAUAUUUUCAUUAGGCCAACAGCUACAGCAAGAUAUCUAUUACAAUCGGAGAACCUCUUUACAUCGCAAAACAGAUCAUUUAAAACUAUAUCACACGUACCAUAGAUUGCUUUUGAACAAGGAUUUUAUCCCAAAUUUGAAAUUGGAAGCGAAACAAAUGACAGCUGAAUUGAAUGACACAUGUUUCAAGAUGGCUGCCAAGAGUUAUAAGAGAAAUGGUAAUUUGAAGUGUACAAGGAAAUUUAAUAAGAGACAAGAUGUGGUUGAAAGAUUUACGAAGUUUCUUAAUAGGUAUGCCGAUCCUAAAUAUCCUUUUGAUGAAGAAUUGGCUGGGAACAUAGUACACUCGCUAGAAGGCAGCGCGAGAGUGCGGCACGGCGCGGUAGACGGCGCCGCUAUACUGGGGUGUCUGCGGGAGUCGCUGAGGCGUCACAAGUCUAGCAGCAAGGCUAAGCGCGUGCUUAAGCUGCAGUCUAACAACUGUCUGACGAUAUAUGUGCCCGGCUGCUAUUGUAAAGUAGGCUACGUGGAGCAUGAGCUGCAAUGCGUGAAGCCGGAAGAAUGUAUCCAUAACCCAACGUUCUUAGGAUAUUUAGAAAGAAUUAUACUGUACUAA